AUGGCUGAAAUAGCGCCUAAGCUCCAUUUAUUAACCAGGUUACCAAAGAUCGCUAUGUCUACUCAUAGGCAAGCAUCAAUGGUUGUUUCCCCUCUCGUUCAGAAAUAUUAUCCAGAAAUAGGAAAUCGCGAAAUCGUUGGUUUUGGACGAAAUGGAAACCCACAGUACCUUGAUGAUCCGCACAACCCUUAUCCUUCAAUUCGAUUCAGAGAAAAUGACGAUGUGUAUGAAGCUUUAAGAAAGAAAGAGUUGGGUGAUUGGAAAAACCUGACCCUUGAGGAGAAGAAACAGCUCUAUCGCUACAGUUUUCGUAUGACAAUGUCGGAAACUAAAGCCCCGCAUCCUAGAUGGAAGCUUGGUGUUGCUUGGGCUUGUUUCAUCAUGUCAGCCUCGCUUCUUUACCUCUCUUUCGUCAAAUCUGUUGUUCUGGAUUUGCCAACAAUGAAGUAUGCCAGAAAGGAAUAUAAGGAAGCCCGUUUGUACCGUCGCCUCUAUAGUCGUGACGGUCCAAUCGAUGGACUUAUCUCCUCCUUCGACUUCAAUAAUAUGCGGUGGAACUUUUUCGCUAUUUUGCGUCGUUGCUUUGCUACGGAUGCUGAGAUAAAGCUAAAAUCUCUCCUACUCGAUCGAUUUACAAAUGCGGAAUCCAUUGAAGUUUCAGACAUUAGUGGGGGUUGUGGUGCCAUGUACCAAAUUUUUGUAAAGUCCAAGGACUUUGCUGGCAUGUCUGUCCUAGCGCAACAUCGAUUGGUGAAAGAGAUUCUGAAACAUGAAAUCAAGUCGAUGCAUGGGUUAACAAUUGUGACAGAAGAGUGA